AUGGCUUCUUUACAGGCUUUACAUCUAGAUGAGGUUCUCAACAUCUUGAAUGAUGCUGGCGAUGAUCAGGUCGAAGAGGGAGUUGGCGGCCUCGGGCCAGGAGGGCAAGCUCAGCCAGCGGCCAAUCCAGGGGCUGGAGGAAAUGGGGUCGCAAGGCCAAAUAGGGCCAGAGCCGCAAGGCGCCGACUUGGUCGGGGGUUGAGACAACAACAGGUUGGGAUCCAGAAGAGGAAGAAGUCCCAACGAAGACGUGCAAGCUUGGUUGAUCUGCAAGUAAGUCGAUUCAAUCAGAGCGGGCGGUCUCGUAACCAGGAUUUCCAUUUUCCUUCUCAAGCCGGUGGAUUGAAAAGGAAGUUUAUCAAGGGCAAGGGUCAAUGGAAAACAUGGUCCCCUGAAGCUAUUUUGCGAGCUGGUUUCGGUUCGGAAAUGAGUAGUCGUAGAGAUGCGGGUGCCGCGGUCGAUGGUGCUGGUAUAUCGCACGCAGGCAGGUGUAGAUUCGUCGCGGCGCAAGCAAUUGCGCGUGGCCAGGAGCUUGGAACGGAGCGAGUGUGCAACGAAGGUUGUGAGAUCUUGGUGCGGAACAUAAUGUUCGACGAAUCAUCACUGGAGUUAUCUUCUAGUGGCAAGGUCAAGGAAUCUUCCAAUUUGAAUUGGUCAGUUUUAUGUUCGCAUGGACAGUGGACUUACAAGACACGGGGUGCGGAUACUAUCCAGGAUCAACACAUUAUCCGAUCGCCUCAGAUUCUGGUGCCUGUUAUGAACUCUGUGACCAUGCACGAAGCGUUGAGCAAAGAUCCCGGAGGUUUCAAUAACACUUGUCAGGAUUCGGAUCGUAUUGCCACCAUUACAACUUGCGAUGCUCAUGCUGCAAAUUUACGAAUGCUACGCUUCUGGGAGCAACAGUUGCCACCGAAUCAUUUAUUUCUGCCGAACCUAUGUAUUCAACACCGCACAGGAAACGUGAUCGAGCAACUCACGAAGCUCCUGGGAAAUCUCGGCGGCAACUUUUCUGUUGCGAAGGUUCUCAACAAAGCGAAUCUGCUGAGAGGUUUGAGAAAACGGAUUUCGGCGAAGGUUGAGAAAGAUUUAGCGGUCUUGGACCAGGUGCCAGCUGCAGUUCAGGAGGAUUGGGCAGAUGGCAAGCAACAAGCCAAACAGCUCGUGGAUCUUUGCUUGAGUUUCGAUGAAGAUUCCCCCGAGCCUGCCCGCCCAGGAAGCGUUCGUCAAGCUUUCAACCAGCUCCUGGAGUUCUUUGAUGGUCCUUGGACAGGACCGAAUGCCGGGCAUUGCAUGCACCUUGUUCUCAGUGCCCCGUCCACGGGGGGCGAACUCUGGCUCGGCGGCAUUGCGGCCUCGGGCCAGGUCAGUGUGCUCCAUGAGAACGGGAUAUCUGCGGUGCUCGCUGCGGCGUCGAGGCCACCAGUGGCCAUGGAUCCAAAUGUCGAAUUCCUCGGAUGUUGGGACGGAACAGGUGUUACUACUGGCACGGUUUCGCUCAAGGACGUGCUCAAGACGUUUCGCAAGAUGGUGAAGAUAUUGAACAGCGGCGGCAAGAUUCUUGUCAGCUGUAAGAAUGGCGCUCACAGAAGCAGUUUGCUCCUCGCUCUGUUCCUAGUCUUCACAACUGGCUGCGGGGCUGAUGAAGCACACAACUACCUGGUUGCCCUCAGGAACAUCGUGGAUCUUGCCUCCUACCCGCCGAAGCCGAAGUCACCAAACAAGCCGCAAGGUCCGAUGCCGUUGCAAUGGCUGAGGGACGUGGAGCAAGAGGUCUUGGACCAUGGGCGUGAGGUGUUCAACGAUUGGCCGCUUGAGUUGAACAAGAUCAUCUCGCCGAGUGCGUUCCGAGAUAUGGCUAUAGAGUUCGGGUACCAGGCAUCCUGGCAAAAUCUGCCGUCAGAGAUCAGCUGCACGGAGGUCGAAACCUCGGGCAACGAGCACUCCUCCGAUAUGUCGGAUUGGGAAAAGGCAUCGCUUUCCAAGUGUUCUGGCAGAUCGGCGGUGUCGCACCGGGCAGGGCCUCCGGCCGGGCUUUCGUCGGUGCCAGAGGUGGGGCCCAAGCACGAUGAAGAGAUGGAAGAUGGAGCGGGCCGGGACAAUGAUCAGGAGAUGGAGAACCAGCAGCAGGAGGAUCCCGGCUCUUUGGGCAAUGAGCCGCAGAGUGCAGCCGAGUCCUUGAAGGAGAAGGACUCUGCCAAGACCGAAUCUGACACGAGUCGGGAAGGUUCCCUAGAAUGGAAGCCGACCAGAUCGAUGGAAGAAGCGGUCAUGGGACCAGAUUCCGACGAUGUGAGGGCUGGUCAUAUGGCCAAACUCCGUGCGAUGGUCUCCACCUUGAGUGCCCUCGAUGCUCGCAUCAAGGAUGUGCUCGCGACCCCGCAACAGAGCCCACGAGGAUCUGCGGCCUCGGGCCAGGGCACUAUGGAAAACUUUGUUCCAGAUUGGGCUGCAGAUGAUGAUGAAGAGGAAGAAGAAGAGGAGGAAGACAGGCCCGUGGAUUUGCUUGAUGAGACGUCUGAGUUGCCUGGCGAAGGCCAAGCCCAAGCCGCAUCCGGAUCCGUUGCUGGCGAAGAGGUCACCCGACUUCUCGACUUGAUGUCUGAGCAGCAAAACUUCUUGCAAAAGCUUCUGGAUGAGACCGCACUGAAGCAGGCAGAAGCAGACCAGCAACGAAUGGUGGAUUCGCUUUUGGAGACGAUCAUGAGUGGCAACCAAGCGGAGUCUCUCCGGGUCAUUGGAUCGCUUCGUCCCCAAGAUUUGCGGGAUGCCAAAGAUCUCGCAGGCAUGACGUGCUUGCAUCAUGCUGUUCGGGUCGGUGACCGAGAAGUCAUCUGUACUCUCCUGCAGAAGGUGCCCGAACUGGCGAAUGUAGCCACAAGCCUUCGACGGAAUCCUCCGGGAUGGACUCCGCUGAUGAUUCUUGCUGACAAGGCUCCGGCUGAGACGGAUUUGUACGUGGUGGGCCUGCUUUGUGCCAGCAUGACAGCCGACGGAUUCAAUACUCGCUCAGGCACCUAUGCCACAGCGACACAUAUGGCGGUUGCCCGUGGGAAUCUCCCGAUGGUGAAGAAGAUCCUUUGGAGGAUGGACGAGAUCGGCUCCAAGACGCUUGUGGUGUCUCACCUGAAGAUGCAGAACCAGAUGGCCAGGGGCUGA